AUGGCUCAUAAUCCCAGUGAAUAUGGUGAGGUGAUCGAUUGUGUUGAUAUACACAAACAACCUGCUUUUGAUCAUCCACUUCUCAAGAACCACACUCUAGAGGCCAGUUCAAUUCAAAUUAAUCGCAUAAAGAGAGAAAAUGAUGAUGCCCUAAAAGCAUUACAAGUAUGGCGCAAGAAUGGAGAGUGCCCAGUGGGAACAGUUCCCAUAGUUCGAACACCAACAUCUGCCAAAUAUGCUCAAAAACCCCAUUUGAAACCUCAUUAUGUGUCAACACAACCUAAUCGGAGCCACGCUUUUGCAAGUGAUGGUCACGAGUAUGCCGAAGCAAUGUUGUUUGAUGGUCCUUACUUCGGAGCAAAAGCAGAUAUCAACGUAUGGACUCCAGUAUCACACGGAACAAUCAGUGUUGCACAGAUUUGGGUUGUGUCGUCCCCAAAAAAUUAUGACCAACUUAAUACAGUAGAAGCUGGUUGGAUAAGUGAUGGGUAUAGAAACACAGGCUGCUACAAUCUUGAAUGCCCUGGUUUUAUACAAGUAAGCAAGACGGUUGCUUUAGGUGCUAUAUUACAACCUAUUUCGAGCUAUAAUGGGAAGCAAGCCACUAUAAAUGUUGUCUUAGACCAGCACACGGAGAGUGGACAAUGGUGGAUGCAAUUUCAAAACGAGCCAAUAGGUUAUUGGCCCAACUCCAUAUUCACGUCGCUGGGGAACGGUGGCGAAACCGUGAGUUGGGGUGGAGAAAUUUACAACGACGGCGCUGGUGGUCAUCACACGGAAACUCAGAUGGGGAGUGGUCAUUUUCCCAACGAAGGCUUUGGUAGAGCAAGCUUUUUUAGUAAUCUUCAAUACAUGGAUAGUUCCAAACUAUACAAAGAUCCUGAGAAACUUAACAUUCAUGUCUCCAAACCUGUGUGCUACGAUUUGCUAGUUGGGCAAGAAAAGGUUGAUGGUAAAGGAACUUAUUUUCUCUUUGGUGGUCCUGGCUAUUCGGACAGAUGUCUAGCUUGA